CUAAGAAUUUUACCCAAACAGUAAUGCCUAGAACAAAACUCAUGAGCAAGCGUGUGCUGAGGACAGCCAAGAAAGUUAUCAACUGAUGUAACCUAAGUGAAAAAGGAAUCAAGAAUGCUCUGAAUAAUGCCUUUAAGAGUGUAGUCAAGAACAGACAGAGUGAAAAGACACUUGAAUCCACUAUCAAUCUCAUCGAAGAUUUUAUUGAAGAAUUCACCAAGUCUUCUAUGAAUUUAAUGGGUAAAUAUCUAAAUGAAGAGAGCAAAAGAAAAAUAGCAACUGGUCCUAUUAUUUCAAGACUAGCCAAUGCUUCAAAAUUGAAUUAUAAAUUCCCCUUGGACCUGCUGUCUUCUAAACCUGAAUCUAAAGAAUCUGAAAUUGAGAAAGAACAUACAAUCUUGAAAUCAUCAGAAUCUCAAAAUUCAGUCGAGUUCCUUCAUUUAGUCCAAACUAAGAAGAACAAGCUCUCCCCCUCUAAAAAUUCUGGAAGCUCAGAAGUUGAACAGGAAGAAGAAGCUAAAAUUCAGAAGAAGCCUUCUGCAUGAAAAGACCAGUUAUCAGUGGCACAAGACAGAAGUAUUGAAGAAUGAACCAAGCCUCAAGAGUCUGAAAUCCUGAGUGAAAAAGAAGAUAAGUUAAAACAGAUUGAAAGCAAUGAUAAGUCUGAUGUUAUUGAGAUCAAUUCCCAAACCAAGAAGGAUCCUAAUUUGGAGCACAAAGUUGGUGUCUCCCAAAAGAUGUCAAAAGAAGGCCCAGAACCAGACAAUCUUCACUCCUUCCCCGAACUCCCCAGUCACUCCUGUCAAAUCUGCACAGACUCCUUCUCCAAUACCUACACCUUCACACAGCACCUGAUCCAACACCACUUUCCUCUAACCCUCAAAUGCCCCGUUCCUAAAUGUACCUAAGACCUUCCUCCCCCUGCUGCCCCCUUCCCCACCUGAAGACCCCUUCCUCCCCCUCCAGUCCCACUUGGAGUCCCACUACAGGUCCUUACCCAGUCUCCAUCGAAGACUCCAGGUGAAAGCUGAGCUUAAGAAAUUGGGUGUUUCAGAACUUUUGCAGGCUGAGAAGGAGAGAGGGGGUGAGAAGAGGGGAUAGAGGGGGAGAGAAUGGGGUGGUAAGAUAUUGGAAUUUCAAA